UUGCCAAAAAAUUGUAGAGAAAGCGAUUUCUACUAAAGAUUUAGAGUUUUUUCAUCAUUUCCUCAGUGUUUUGUUCAAAAAUGUUUCCUAUUUCAUAAUAGCAGUAACUGAAAGUGACUCACUGAUUACUAUAACCUAACAACUUUCCUCUGUUCUCUCAACAUAUCAUCCAAAAAAACAGAGAUGAGUGUCCCAGGUCCUUCGGCUUCAGCAGGGGCGCAGGAGUUCAAAAUCCGCGUUCCAAAGAAUGUGAAGAAGAAGUACCACGUCAUGAGGUUCAAUGCCACGCUGAAUGUGGACUUUGCAAAAUGGACACAUGUAAAAAUGGAGAGAGAAAACAACAUUAAAGAAUUCAAGGGAAUUGAUGAGGAUAUGCCAAAAUUUGGAGCUGGUUCCGAGUACGGGCGUGACGUGCGCGAGGAGGCUCGACGCAAAAAGUUUGGCAUCAUCGCACGCAAGUACAAGCCAGAGGACCAACCAUGGAUCCUCAAAGUUGGAGGAAAGACUGGGAAAAAAUUCAAGGGUAUCAGGGAGGGGGGCGUCUCGGAGAACGCGGCGUACUACGUGUUCACGCACGCGGCCGACGGCGCCAUCGACGCCUACCCCUUGCAGGAGUGGUACAAUUUCCAACCUAUUCAAAGAUACAAAGCUUUGUCGGCCGAAGAGGCUGAGCAGGAGUUUGGAAGACGCAACAAGGUGAUAAACUACUUCUCGCUGAUGUUCCGCAAGCGCAUGCGCGGCGACGACGCGGCCGACGACGGCGACGACCCCGACGAGAAGAAGACCAAGGGGAAGGCCAAGAAAGACUUGAAGAUCUCUGACAUGGACGAGUGGAUCGACUCGGACGACGACUCGUCGGACUCCGACGCCGAGAAGGAGAAGGACAACGACAGCGACUCCGGGGCCAAGAAGAAGAAGGACCAGAAGAAGAAGGCCGCGAUCAAAAACAAGAAGAAGAAGAAGGUCUCAGACGAGGCGUUCGAGGAGAGCGACGACGGUGACGAGGAGGGCCGCGAGCGAGACUACAUCUCCGACUCCUCCGAGAGUGAAUCGGACCACGAGAACAAGGCGAAUAAGGAGUUAAAAGGAGUGUCCGAAGAAGAUGCACUCAGAAAACUCCUCACUUCAGACGAGGACUCGGAGUCGGAGAAGGAGGAGAAGGCGUCGUCGGAGGCCGAGGAGGAGCCCACGGAGGAGGGCAAGGAGCGCGCCUCCAAGCUCACCAAGAAGAAGAAGAGCAAGGACCAGCCCAAGAAAGAGUCGUCGAGCGACUUCAGCUCGGACUCGGACACGGACCCAGAGAGCGGCGGCAAGAAGCCCAAGAAGAGCAAGCAGGACAAGAACGCUGCAGGCACUUCCGCGGGCAGCGCGGGCGGGUCGCGCGCGGGGUCGCCGGCGCCGCCGUCCAACGCCGCCGCCGCCGUGGCCGCCGCCGCCGCCGCCAACAGCCACGGACCGCCGGCUAAGAGGCAUAAGCUUGACCCCUCUUAUAGUGAAUGCGGCGUGACAGAAGAGGCGGUGCGGCGCUACCUGGCACGCAAGCCGAUGACCACCACGGAGCUGCUGACCAAGUUCAAGUCCAAGCGCACGGGAGUCAGCAGCGAGCGCCUGGUCGAGACCAUGACCCAGAUCCUCAAGAGAAUCAACCCCCACAAGCAGAACAUUAACGGGAAAAUGUAUCUUAGUAUAAAGCACUGAGGUGUUUUGUAAGGUUAAGGGCUUGUACACAAAACUGCGACGGUUUUGACUGUUUUCAGGGCAAAUGCUUGAUUACUGUCGCAGUUUUGUGUACAAGUCCUAUGUGCAGAUAGUGGAAUUAAAGUUGUAAGUUAAUUAAUUAUAAUGAAUUA